AUGGCCUCCUACUCACGUCAAAGACCGAGAAGAAGAAGCACCAACAGCUUACCAAUGAAACAGGGUGUCUCCAGCGCUCCCUCCCCCUCCACCGACGAAGCCCCGAACGGAAUUGCCGGCUACAACAUAGUCGACGUUUCCUGGGACCUCCCCGUCAAGCUUGACGACCCCACCAGCGAGAUCGUCACCGUGACCGGCACGAUCGAGGAGGCCAUUGCCCAAAUGGAAGCCGCCUACCCCGGCUGGAACGAGACCUUCCAAGCCGGAAUCCCUACCGAUCCCAUGCCCACCGGUGAUGACACGAGCUUCGUCUCCGCCGGCACCGCUGAUGAACAGCCCGAGUCCAUCAACUGCAAGGUGGACUACGACGGCGCGAGAACGAGCAAAAUCUGGGACGGGAUUUGUUACUUGAGGCGUUUGAACACUGACCCACCCAAGAACGGGCCGGGGCCGGGGAAUUGUGGACGAGUUAGCUGUUCGUGGAAGUCGGCUAUCUAUUGGUGCAACGAUGUGAGUUCGCCUUGGCUUUGGGUGGGGGGUUGA